UUUUUACACACAUUACGGUUGAUGUUGCCAGGGAGUGAUUCACAGCCAUAGAGACACAAUGGAGCAGCAGUUACAAUGUAAAUAGCAGGUGCUUGUUCUUGCAACUCACACAGAACAUUUUUUAUGUCAAUCGGCCAAUGCUAUGCUAAAAUGCUGUUGUCUACGGACUGCUAGCAGCUAGCUUACUGUUGUUUUGCGCUAACGAAUCAGCGUUGUGAUAUAUACCAACAGCCCGGUUAGCUAACGUUAACGUUACCUGCUUGAGCUCUACUGGCAAAGGCUGGAGUUUCCUCUGCUAGCUAACCUAGACAUUAUAACAGUGUAGCUAUUCUGUCUAAGAGGUAUUAUGGAGUUUUCUUUUGAUAUUAACCAGUUAUUCCCCGAGAGAGUCUCCAUCUUGGACCAGACCCUUGUUGCAGGUCCUAAUUCAGUACUAAGGCCAGAUCUUCAAGCCCACAUAGCAACAGUUAUUGAUGAACUUGGGAGAGCCUCAGCAAAGGCCCAACAGCUGCCAGCAGCUAUAACAAGUGCCUCUAAGCUGCAAUCCCAGAGGCAUCAGCUCUACCUGCUGAAGGACGGAGAGAGCAACGGAGGACGUGGUUUGGUGGUGGGAUUUCUCAAGGUCGGCUACAAGAAGUUAUUUCUGCUCGACCGACAGGGUGAGCACGUAGAGGCAGAGCCCCUGUGUGUUUUGGAUUUCUACAUAGCACAGAACAUGCAGCGACAUGGCUAUGGGCUGGAGCUCUUUGAUUUCAUGUUGCAGCACAAGAAAUUAGAGCCGGUUCUGAUGGCAUACGACAGGCCCUCGCCUAAAUUCCUGUCUUUCUUGGCCAAGCAUUAUUGCCUGACACCAAGUGUUCCUCAGGCCAAUAACUUUGUGGUGUAUGAGGGCUUCUUCCUCAACAGAUCAGGCUCUCCCUCCUCUCCUCUGACGGAUCAGGGGAUGUACCGCUUUUUCGGCUCAGUUGAGAAAAGUUCCCCUAAAAAAGCCAGAUGGAGAGAUCAAACCCUACUCUUUAAUGGCGAGGGAAGUGGUACGUCAGGAAGAGCGGGCUCGUCCCUGGCCGUUUGCUCCUCCGCACUCCCCCCAGCGGUCGGUAUCCUCCCAGUGCUCCCACUCCCUCAGCGUGGAAUCCUCCCCCAGCAGAGUGCCUCUACGAGCUGCUCCAGCUUCCUCCCCUGGGGGCAACAGGGACCAGAGCCCACAGUCCCCUCUAAUCGAGCGUUGCAGAAUAAGACGCACCAGUUCCCUUAAUAGAUCUCAUCUGGGCUUCCAUUGACCAGCCUCCGACUAGCACUGUUACUUCUUACAUUUAAAGGAAUGGCUGUUUUGACUUGAUAGUCUAUUUAUGUGACAUGAAGUGUGUUAACAUGCACGCUAGUAUUUUUGUUUUGAGUCUUAUUCUGUUGUUAUCCGGCAUAUAAAGUUAAAAUGUUAGUUAAAUGGAGCAUGAAAAACCAGGUUAUUCCUAGACAUGAUCAUACAGUAUCCAGGUUUCCAAUCAUCUGCCUACAGUUGGUCAUGAUUUUUUACCACUGUGUCUAACAACAAAGAAGAUCCAAAAACCUUGACAUAAUCCAAUACUUCAUACCCAAAAUACUAGCGUGCGUGUAAACACACUUAUGGAGAAGGGAAGUGUAAUAUUUGACUCAAAUAAGGACGAAGCGACAGGCUCCUUCAGGCCUUUUUUAAACAGUCGUUGUACCCAAAUGAGCUAAACAUGAUGGCGCUGUCUUAACUGCUUGCCUUUUUAUAGAACCCAUUAAACUAAAUGUCACAAAAUUCCA